GAAAUACUACGCCUAGGUGUAAAUAUUUAAUACAUAAGUCGUGGGCUAAGGAGAAGUUCAGACAUUCGUGCGAUGCUACCAGUCGCGAUGAAGCUGGUUUUGCGAUUAUUUUUACUCAGCAGUGUUGUUUAUAGUCAAAAAGUACCAUUCAUUGAGUUACCAGCUUUGGACUCAGGAUACCAUGUCCAUCUCGGCAAAGAAUUUAUCUCGGAAAUGGAAUGUAUCAAAAAAUUGGACAGUGUUUUAAAGGCUAGAUGGACAGAGGAUUUGAACCAAAUCCCAACAUCAGACCUUGGCAAUCUUCCUACGUACCCGUGGGAAGAUAAAGAAUCAAUCUACGCGAAGUACAACACGUUAGAAGACGAAUGGCUAAUGGAGGGAGGUUUGCCAGAAGAAAAAAUAAAUCGAUGCAUUAAAAAGAUUGUAUCCGACGUGAUGGUUCCUUUGACGAAUCAAGAUGAGCUCGAUUGUGUCGCAAAAUUGCUUUCCACCCAUACCAUAGAAGAGACUUAUCAUCAACGUCAUUUUGAAGAUUUAGUGAACACUUCGUCCGCGGAACAACUGCCGUUUCGUAAGUUUAUUAACUUCCCCGAGAUCGUCGAUCUUAUUUUUCAAAAUAGACAACCCAGCUCUUGGACUAGCCUAGAACGACUUGUAUACGCACAUACGAUGGGUUACGUGCUUACGGAUACAGACAGAAAUCGUCGCAACUACUUUACAACUCAGAAUUGCGAUUGGGUAAAUUUAAAAGCCCUCCAAGAGGCGCCGAGUGAAGUGUCAAAGCUAGACGAGUUUUCGUCACAAGUGCGUCACACGGUUAAUAAGCAACUAGCCGGGAAGUUGGUGAAAUAUUGGAACUUGAAUGCAAUUCUACCAACGGACAGAUAUGAACUCUGGAAGCAAACCCGAGAAAAUAUGACGAUUAUGCUAAAAAUGGAAGUCGAAAGGCUUAGUAAUGAAAUACGCGAUCCUCAAUGGUUAUGCGAAUACGCCACGAAACUGGCGACAAACUUCAUGGAGAUGCAAUCGAAUAUUUUGCUAACCGAAGGACCGCCUAUACGUUUGAAAUCGUCAGACCUCGCGUCAAGAUCCAGAAGAAUUGAGGAGGCUUUGGCAGAGCUGAAUGACACGCGACAUUCUGAGAUAAGGAAUCGAGUGAAGAAUAUUGCCGACGAACAGGAAAAUGGGACAAGGUGUUUAUCUGCGUUUCUUCAUUUGGUACAAAAUCAUAGAAGAUAUCAGCUUGCUUCAACAUUUGUAGAUGAGGAGUACGCGUAUCCGGAGAUAUUUUGUAAAAGUGGCCUCAAGAAUCCAGGCCUGAUUCAAUUCACUUUCUGCAAUUGUGUUGGAAGUUUUUGUGUUUCGCAUUCCUUGGCUGCCCUCUUUGCGGAAGAAUAUGUUCUUGUAAAAGGAUCGGAUGGCAUCUAUAAAGUUGUACGGAGUGGAAUUAUGAGUAAACGGAAGGUUACACAUUGCCAUACUUUGGGAAAUUCUAACAGGAAUUAAAAGUUACAUUUUACGCACUGCAAGUCUAACUUUCUUCUCCGAUACAUGAACCCGAACUCUUGAUCCGAAAUAUCGACCAAUCCUUGUAGUUUGUUUUUUGAAAUCUCAUCUGGUUAAUUUAAUUAAUAACGAAAUAUAUGUAUAAAUGUUCACUAAAUUUACUACAGAAAAUCUACUAUGUGUUACUAUUUUUAUUGAUUAUGUUCACUCGUAAUCUGUUGUUUUUUUGUUACUUUUGCGCCAGUUUUAUGUUGAUACAACAAUGAAUUAAUGUUAAUGCCUUAUUUGACCAAAAAAUUGCGGUGAGCUAAAAAUAUAAUACAUUUAUCGUUGGUAUAACUAGAAAAUAUAGUACUUACUGACAACUAUAAUCACACUAAAUAGUUUCUUGUACCAAAUUUUACUGUAAUUUUUAAAAUGAUUGAUGCAAAAUUUUUUAGCAUCUGUAAAGAAUAAAAAAUUUUUCACUGCAAUCCAAAGAACUUUACCUAUGAUGUUAAUAGCUUGGAAAUACUGGAUGUAGAAUUCUUUGCAAGAAUUAUAGUGAAUCAUUUAUCAAUACAUAUUAAUUAAAUGCUGUAACGGCCGUUUUCUAGCAGAUGGUGGUAAUUGUGGAACUGUAUGUUUUUAACACAAAGUUUUUGACAAGUUUAUAUACUUGAAUAGAUAGAAUAUGCAAAGCAUUCAAGAAUUCUUUUAUUUUCAAAUUCAAAAGUGUAUCUUGAGUGCGUGAAACAGAUGAAUGUAUGUUCAACGUAUAUUGUUAUUUAUAUUUUAUGAAAUAGCGAAUAAUAACCUGUAACGAAUCAUUUGUAAACAAUCGACAUUUUGUAUUAUCAGAACACUGUCCGAAGAAUGGUAAACAAAUGAAAUAGACCGUAACAUAUAAUUAUUUCUACUAAUUCCGAGCUCGCGAAAUAUUGUUUUUAUUCCAGAACGUUCCGCUACGUUAACGUUCGAAGUUCAACAUUGUGAUGGAAUUGGAAUAUGACGAAAAGGAAUACACAACUAUUCUUCUAUAUCUUUAUUGUUAUAAAAAAAAAGGUAAGAAAAUACAUGGAAGCUACCGUCAACUUUCACGUGCCCUAUGCUCAUAAAUAUAAGCAAAGUUCCGCCUUAGAAAUGUGCUCAUUCUCAUUUGGAUUUUCAUUUUCAUUGGAUAUAAAACGUCAUUUAUGAUUUUUCCUGAUUUGUCAAAUUGUAUAGUAAAAUCAAGACGGUAGUUGGAAUAUUAACGUAAAAUUAUUGUCUGAAUACAGCGUCCAACCUGAUAGAAGCACACAACCUUUAUCCAUUGGAAUCGGCUAAACCUUUGAGUAUAGGGAAAAACAUGAAAAAAUGAUGAUACAUUCAUUUUCCAUACAUAGAAAUAUACACCCUAUGGACCAUAUACAGUUGAACUUCCGACUUCUAAUUUUCCGACUUUUCUUUAUUGGAUUGACGUCGGGUGCAUUUGGUAUGUGAGCUGAACCUCAAUUCUUCUGGCGCUAAAUUUACCGCUUUUUGAAAAGAAAGCUUUGAUGGGCAUUACAAGGCAUUACCAUCUGAUCCUUGGCACGAUUCUAAAUUCGGCACGUCUUGCCUGCAGUAUAUACUGAAAAAAGUGGCUUUGUUCAGCCGGCCGUUUUUAGUAGUAAAUAAUCGAGGUCAAGCAUUUACGGCUAGAGUUCCUGAACCCCUCAGAGUAGUGCCAAUUACCUGAAUGGCGAAGGACAUCAACACUCGCUUUGAGAGUUUUGUAGUUUAAUAAUGAUCAAGUUCACGUUUUUUGCAUACUUGGCUCUGCAGCAGUUAUUACGUAGAUUAUCGAUAAUGUCAUGGCUAUGCGGCAUAUUACUAUAAUUCACAUUUCAAAAUAAGUUUUGAAAUAUUUUAUUGGUUAUAGUGAAGGUUCCUAACUAAAUUGUAGUUGUUUAUAAAAAUAAUCGAAUACAACUUAAUGUACCUAUCGAUAAAGCUGGAACCUCAAAUGUAUAGGUACGUAUAUCAGGAAGUGGGAUAACACUAAUUAAAUAAAUGUUUGACAACAGGUCGGUUGUAGUGCACAAAAAAAAUAAAAAAUUUUCUACGUUAUACAAUUUAUUCAACUUCUUGUAAAAUUCAAAUUUGAGAAUACGAUUAAAGUUUCGUUUCAACACAAUAAAUAUUUUACUGGCAAUAAAACUCCGUACAUCAAUAAUUCGAAUAAAAGUACACAUUGUUGUAUCAUCAUUUUUCACUCUGCAACGUACAAAAAGUUGGAAGCAGAAACUGACCAAUUUUAAAGUUUGAUUCCUUCUAACUUGUCAUUGCUUGAUAUAGAAAAAAAAUCGACGCACUCCAUCGAUCGCAUUUAUAGCUCCAGAUAAAUUUCGAAGCAUACCAUAUAUACAACCGUAAACUCAUAGAUAACUGUAUACAUAUAUGUAUAUUCUUUGAAUUAAAUUUACACUAGUCAAUACAGAUUGAGUACAAAGUUUCUGGUUUACGAUUAGAAUAAUAGUUUUCUCUGUGUUUUGGAGUAUUGACAUUGCUUUCCACCACUUUUGGUUUUCUCACUGACGCACUUAUAAUUAUGGGAGAUUUUUCUUCUGAAAAUGGAUAUAGUUGCAACAGCGUUAUGGACUGCAAUCUCAUUUCUCAGAAUCGAACGUGUUUUACAGUAACUAGUAAGUAUACUCUACGAAUCUGUUACAAUGAUAAAGUUUGACAUUCUAUCGUUUGGAUGUCAUCGACCAGUGCAUUUUUAAUAUAGAAGAGAAAAUAUGUGACAUUGAACAUAUUUUCGGUAGAUGA